AUGGCAAUGGAAACCUCCCAGAGCUUUACGGCUCGCCGACAGGCGACCCAAGCCUUGCCUCCUUUCCAACUACCAUCGACAAACCAAGAUAUCCCUAGAGUGACGGGCGAAGGGCUCAGCCCCCUCUCCUCUGGUGUCAACACCACCAGCUCCCAAAGCUCACACUACUAUUCGCAGCACGGAGCAUGGCCGACCCCUCAGAGCUCUUCCUACGCGCUUAGCUCUGGGACACCGCAAGCCAUCCAGCAAUCGCCGUACGGUUCCUCACGAGCGAGCACUUACGAACAGCAAUCCCCCUUGCCAUACUCCCGCACUUCUCAGUCUCCAGCAACCGGCGGAGAGGGUCUCCCGGGCCCCUCCUACGGCCAGGGUCACCAGUUUUCCCAAGCGGCUUAUUCCCAAGCAGGAUCUACUCCAGUUAGUUUGCCUUCCCAGGCCUCUCAAACUGCGCAAACAGCCAUUCUCGGUUCUCAGACUCCAGUUUCGACGCAGCCUCCCACGCCUGGUGCUCUAUCUUCGAAUGUUGACUCAUAUGCGCAGUCCCGACCAUCCAUUGCACCAUCCUACUACGCAUCCUCAGCUCCUCAGCAAUCUGGAUUCCCCGGCUUCCAAUCGCACACAUCCCCGACCGCACCGUCUCCCACGACUUCUGCCGGACCGGGAAGGGGGUUGGCCUCUAUGCCCCACCCUUCCGGAAUGGCACCUCCUCAGCCAUAUGGUCGAUACGCUUAUGGCGUUCCUCCAAUGGGAGGGCCUAUCAUGUCGAACCUCAACACCCCAGGGCAUCAAAUGUCUCUCGUGUCUGGUAUGGGCGUUGGUUACCCACACCACAUGGGUCCCUCGAUGUAUGGUCACGGCCACGGCAGUCAAGCAAACGCCCAAACGGAGCGCCCUUUCAAGUGCGAUCAGUGCCCACAAUCAUUCAACAGGAACCACGAUCUGAAGAGACACAAGCGAAUUCAUCUGGCCGUCAAGCCCUUCCCCUGCAACUUUUGCGAUAAGAGCUUUUCGAGGAAGGAUGCCUUGAAGAGACACCGCCUCGUCAAGGGCUGCGGAAACAAGGAUGGCGAGAAUGCUUCGACCGACAACAACCGACGUUCGCCGGGAGAUCACUCCGAUGACGGGACACCCACCUCGGUCAAGCGCGAGGCAUGA